ACAUACCCCGGUCAGCCCGGUUUACGAUUUUGAGCAUUUGUAGGGGCCUCAAUGUCAAGUUUCCCGGUUCAGACUCAACGCCAAUGGUUCGCCAACUACCCAUCGCAUGAACGAACACGUUUUUUCAACAUGGUAGCUCGGCCCUGGCGGAUGAGCAAAGAUGGCAGCGGGAAGAGCUGUCGUUCGUGCCCAUCAGCCGUCAUGUGCUUGGACAUUGGUUCUCUUGAUUCUCGUUUCAACCGAGUCCAUCAAUCUUUUCUCUUCCUUCUUUCACCUUCUUUUCUGUCUUGAUGACAUCGUCCUAGCGACAUUUUCUGCUUCUAGUCACUCGUUAUGGGCUCGUGAACGAUGCAGCAGAGCAGGCUCUUGCAGUGCUCUUUAUUAAUCGCGCUGGGCACGAUAGGGAUAUGGGCCACGGAGGAUGUUGGAGGGGUCCGGGGGGAUGCUGGGUCGUCACCACAGAAGGUGGCGCAAGCGCCACGGGGGGAAGAGCCAUUUUUAUGGAAUAACUUUGAACAUGUUGUGGUCGAAAAGGACAGUACAGUCGGGAGACUCAUAGUAGAGAGGAUACCGGACUCGACGAGAAGGGACCCAAAAGAACAGGCGGCUCCAGCCUUAACGACGCCCCAGCCGACAGCGCAACCGCAAAAGCGUCAGGACGAUGGCCAAGUCCAGGCGCUCUCGCAGCAGCUUCAGUCGCUUUCGCAAUCCGCGACUCAAGCACUAUCAUCCGUCUCGUCGAGCGCAUCUUCGGCCAUGAGUCUUGUAUCUCAAUCCGCACAGUCCGUUCGACAGUCCGCCGACCAAGCGGUCCGGUCUGCUAAUCAGAAUGCCGACGAUGCUAACCGGCAAUUGUCGCAGACUAUAUCGUCGGCCUCGAGCGCCCUCUCCGCGGCCAGUGCUCGCGCGAGCGACGACCUUUCGCGAUCACUAUCAAGCAUGAGUAGCCGUAUCUCAUCCAACUUAGCUAGUGCCCAGAGCAGCGCAAAUAGCGCUAUAAGUGCCGCUCGGGCAGAAGCAAGCUCGAGCGCGUCAAAUGCAGUAAAUAUAGCCGCCAGUCAAAUCCAAGAGGCAAGGGCCGACGCAAGCGGCAUAAGGGGCGACGCAAAUUCUAUUGUUUCGCAGGUGCAAUCAAACUCGGUUUCGGGCACAAACGUUGCCAUAAUUGUUACGGCGUCAGUCGUCGGCACUGCUAUACUUACUGCCAUCGCUUCGUACUUCGUUGCCCGGUAUCGACGCAAGAAGCGGCGUAGUGGCGAACCCUUGGUCAGAGCAAUAAAUCCUAAUAACGAAAAACAACAAUAUGGUACGCCAUAUGAAAAACCGGUUGCUGUUCGUGGAUCGAUAGCAAGUCCCAGCCUUCGCUUCACACCAUUCGGUGGUGGGACGGGUUAUCCAAUGGACAAGUUCAAACUUCCGGACCUGGGCCUAAGUCCCUUCCUCAAGAAGAAAACCAACGAAGCAAGCCCGAGCUUUAGCGAUAUUGGGUUUGCGAGGAGCAACUAUAGUCCCAGAGACGGCAGUAGAGAUGGUGCCUUCGCAGGGCCCUCUAAUAGCUCCAACGAUGACGUCUAUGGCGUCUCACCAACUAGCUUCCGGCUGCAGAAGGAGAAUAGCGUGAAGAGUGCCACAAGCGUACGGCUUAUCAGAGUAGGCAGUAAUAAAGGCAAGGCUAAUGAGGAAGACGAGAAGGCCCUGUUAAGUCCAUUAGCUUCCCCGCCGCCACCUCUCCCUGCGCAGGUGUCGACAGCACCAGUGGCAUCGGUGCUAGCACGAGUACCGGUACCGGUGGCGGUGACGGUACCUGUUCCAGUACAGGCGCAACCGCAACCCGUCGAGUCUCUAUCGCCUGUAGAACCUCAACUUGCGGAGCCGCCACCAGCAGCCGUUCGUGCUGUCCGAAACUCGGAAACACCUGAAGACCCAGAGCCGGAGCCAGCCCCGAUAAAGCGCAGUGGGACGGCGAGUACUGCGUAUACUAUGAACACAAUGACCAGUCAGCAACGUCUCCGAUUCCGCGACAGCAGCGACAUCGAGUCGGCCGAGCCCUCGCCGGCUACGGGAGCCUGGCGACGCUCUCGUUCCGCAACCGUAUCUUCGAUGCGCAACACCAACACGGCCUCCUUGCGUACAAACACCACGAGUCCCGAGAGCGUGGGUAGUCAAUCCCCACCUCGGCGCCCCAAGAACGCGGGCCCAACCAGCUUUGCCACGUUCCCACGUGUUCGUGACGGUCCCCCAAGAGGUUCGGCGGCGGAGGCUAUUAUUAAUAGGGGUCGCUCAGGACUAAACGGGGUUACGGCGCGGCUGAGAGAGGAGGCGGAGCGGAGAAAGAGGGAGUUGGACGAGGUCGACAGUGAUAGGAAUAGCACGAGGAUGAGCAAAGACGUCUCUGAACCCGAGAAGAGGGAGACAAGGGGUCCAAAUUGGCCUUUUGGGAACAGCUAGCUCGUCAGGCUGGGUUGGGUAGAUGGACGGAUCGAGGAGGUUGAGAUCGGGACAUAAUGGAAGAAUGUUAGUAUAGGUAUGUAAUUUGUGGGAGGAUACCACACAUCCAUGGUUCUAGAAGUAAUA